AUGGAUCCAUCAGUACUGAAAAGCGAAGUAGAGGGUGGUAGACAUGCUCGCUCGAUCGAGAAAUAUGGGACGCCCAGUGACACGUUGGACAUGGAGCGUAUGGGAAAACAGCAAACCUUGCGGCGCAAUUUUAGUUUCUUCUCUAUAUUCGGAUUCUCUAUUAUUCUCAUGAGUACUUGGGAGGCCCAGUUGGGUGUAGGCACCUUCGGUCUCCUGAACGGAGGAACUGCGGGUAUGAUAUAUGUCUAUAUUGGUUCUUGGGUCGGUUUCGCGGCCAUCACCAUUUCGAUGGCCGAAAUGGCUUCCAUGGCUCCCACUGCAGGAGGUCAAUAUCAUUGGGUGUCAGAGUUUGCACCUGCCAGGGCUCAGAAAUUUCUCAGCUACUUGAUCGGUUGGCUCUGUGUUCUUGGAUGGCAAGCUGGUACUGGGUCCGCCUGUUUCUUGGCCGGGACUGAGAUUCAGGGCCUGCUCGUUCUCAAUCGUCCUGAUUAUGUCUACCAACGCUGGCACGGUACCUUGCUUACUAUGGCCGUCAUCGGGUUUUGCGGGGUUUUUAAUACAUUUCUUGCUAAGCGACUACCUUUAGUCGAAAGUCUUAUACUAAUUCUCCACAUCUCGGGCUUCUUCGCUAUCAUCAUCCCACUUUGGGUCCUCGCUCCGCGCUCUGAGGGAAGUGCAGUCUUCACUCAAUUUAAUGAUGGAGGUGGCUGGGGCAGUACUGGGCUUGCCUGUCUCGUCGGAAUACUUGCUCCUGUUGUCUCUCUUCUUGGCUCGGACGCGGCAACACACAUGUCUGAAGAGCUCAAAAAUGCUUCGAAAACACUCCCUAGGGCGAUGAUCUCGACCGUUGCAUUCAAUGGUGCUUUAGGUUUUGUCAUGCUCAUUACCUUCUGCUUUUGCUUGGGCGAUGUUGGCAGCAUCCUUUCGACUCCAACUGGCUAUCCAUUCAUUCAAGUCUUCUACAACGCUACACUCUCAACAGGAGGUGCUACCGCCAUGACCUCAAUCCUGAUAGUCUUGGCAACAGUUGGCGGAAUGACAAAUAUGGCGACCGCAUCCCGUCAGCUGUUUGCCUUUGCACGUGAUCAAGGUGUUCCAUUUAGCGGGUUUUUUUCCAGCGUCCCAGCAGGUUGGGGCAUUCCUUUGAACGCCGUGAUCACAACGACCGCCAUCGCUUCAGCCCUUUCUGUGAUCAACAUUGGCUCCACAAUCGCGUUCAACCAGAUCACCUCCCUCGGCUUGUGCGCGCUGCUAUCAUCCUAUCUGGUUUCGAUCUCUUGCAUCGCCCUGAAGCGAAUCCGCAAGGAGCCACUGUUGACAUCAUAUUUUAGCCUGGGAAGAUUCGGUCUCGUCAUCAAUGUCACCGCGAUUCUGUUUGUGCUACUGGCUUACAUCAUGAUCUUCUUCCCUCCGACGCCCCACCCGAUCCCGAGCGGCAUGAACUGGAGUGUGGUCAUUUAUCUAGGUGUUCUUAGCAUCUCGCUUCUCUACUACUUUCCCAAAGGCAAGCAUGUAUAUGUUGGACCGGUGAAAUAUGUCAACAAGAACAUCGGAAGAAUGGUGAUAAAAGCUGAGAGAAUGGGGCCAUGA